AAUGCCGGUGCCUCUCGCACAUGCGCCGACGGGCCCCUGACGCGGAAGUCUGUUGGAGGGAGCGGGUCCCGGGGGCCGAGCCGGGCCCGUCCCGGGCUGCCGCUCCCGCUGUGCCGGGACCUGCUUCGCCGAGGAGGGCUAUUCAAUAUCUUUCACUUGUCCUGGUUGCUGCCAGCGCAGUGUGCCGGGGCCAGGCCGGUUGUGCGCGCUCGGGAGCUCUCCCUGGAGGCCGGGCGGCUCUGGGGGGCUCCGGUGCGGUGCAGGGUGAGGACAGGGACUUGUUCCCUUUGGGCUCCGCUUGGAGAGAGGUCUGGAGGGCCCCGAGGGCGACGCUUGGUCUUCUGUUUGUCUUCUUAGCUUGUAGAUGUUCGUCCUCGGUUCCCUCAGUGCGAACAAAAGCCGUGUACGUGUUUGACGUACUCAGGGUUCUCCUGGCCUGCGGUGAACACCAGCAGCUGCGUGAGGACGCGGGGCUGUGGGCUGGCCGCAGCCGGGAGAAGGCAGGCCGCGCCGGCCCCGUUCUCUGGGACCUGCAAGAGUCUGGGGUUACCUGGCUCCCAACUGCAACUCUCUGCCUUCUCAGGAGUGUCUGUGGCUGCAAACCACCAUGUGCACUGACCAGCACCAGGGCUGUCCCUUGGCAAAGCUCUCUGAGGACAAAGCUGAACUGCUGAGGCAACACUCCUGAGGGUAUCAAGAGAAGCGAGUAUGUGCAAAAAAAGUGUCCUAUGCCUUGUUAACUCAGCCCUUUGAGCCACUAAGUCAGCUGGAAACUGAAAUGGUCCCUUUCGUGCUGGUUACCUGCACUAUUACCAGAGGCUCUAAACUGCCCUCAGAUAAGAAGUGGCUUCUUAAAGAUGAUCUAAUAGGUUUUAUGUCUAUAAUUUCUAUUAAGGUAAGCUCCUACUGAGUUAGCGUUCAACUGUUACAAAUGUUGUGCAGAAGCAGUCUCUCUACUCAGUACUUCUGCAUCGCUUCAAAUAAACCUUGGCUUCCAUCACCUGGAGGGAGCCUAGAAGAAAGAUGGAGUCUGUUUACAUAGGCAUGUAGGGACAAGAACAAGGGGGAAUGGCUUUAAACUGACAGUGGAUUUAGAUUAGAUAGUACAAAAAGAAUAUUUAACUGUGAGAGUGGUAUGGCACUGGAACAGGUUGCCUGGAGAAACUGUGGAUGCUCCACCCCUGAGAGUGUUUGAGGCCAGCUUGGAUGGGGCUCUGAGCAGCUUGGUCUAGUGGAAUGCAUCCCUGCCUGUGGCAGGGGGGUUGGAAUUAGAUGGAAUUAAAUGAUGUCUCUUUAAGUCCCUUCCAACCCAGGCCAUUCUAUAAUUUUGUAAAGUGAUGUUGGGAUUAUGUCAAAAUUCCAGUUUCCCAAGCAGUUCAGAUUUUUAAAAACCCUGCAAGGGUGUGGUACUUCACUCCAAAGUUAAACACAAGAAAAACAUGAAUUUAGGGACAAUGCUGUUACACAAAGCAAACACUUAUUAAGCAUGCUGCCAGUGAAGAUACACAAACAACUAACUGGCUGCUACUAAUGCCCUAAGGAAGAAUAAUCUCAGGGACACACAUGAUAGGCUUCAGGAUUAUAGUACAGUUGAAUACUAUGGGAUCCAGAAGAGGGAAGGAUGUGCUUUGAUUUCAUGCCAUGUUUGUAAUAAUGUAUUUGGCCUUUUUUAAGUAUGACCUUUGCAACACUGGUUUUGUAUAUUUGUGAUAUUUCCUACUUUGUCUAGACAACAGAAAAUUACCAAUGUAUCAGUUCAGCAUUGUUUCCUGAAAAUUCAGUAUGUUAAUCUGUGUGUGUUUUUCUAAACCCUUUAAUGUUUUGAUUUGUGUCAUGUGUCUGCUAAUCACAUCCAUCCAUUUGCAACCACCAGAAAGUGUUUUUGUGUUGAAAUGUGGCAGCAAGGGGAAGUAUGGCUGAGCGACGCUUCUUUAGAGGCUGGCAAGGAGAAAACUGGUUCAGCUGAUCUAAAAUUAAUGCUGUCAUGAACAGGGCAUUGCAACCUCCAUUCAGAUCCAACUUCCAACAGAUCUCCUCUUGAGCCAGGCCUCUGGCCCCUGAGGAGUUUCUGUGCUGAUAUUUUCUCUGGCUUUUUUGAUCCAGAUUCCAGGCCCUGGACGCUUUCUCAAUAAUGUACAGGCAUCCACAGACAAAUGGAUGAACAGCACUUAGGAAAUACAUAGAGGAAUAGGUAGCAUAUUAGUUGGUUCCAGGGCUGGGAAUAUUCAUAUGCAGAAAGUUAUCAAAUGGUCCAGAUACAGCAAAGCAUGUUUCAGCCUCUGGAAGCAAACAUGCAUUGUAAACAUACAUUAGGUGGGGGGAAAAACCUCCUGAGUGAUGGGAAGGUAAUUUGGAGAAGAGUGAUGCCUGGAAUAGUGAGCAACAGUUUUAAGUACAUAACAAGAGAAACAACUCAUGCUGUUUUAGUUCUGUGCAUCUGAAUGCAUGAAAGAGAUGUGGAAGGUGCUAAUCCUUUUUAAUGAGUGACCCUGCAGCUAUUCUCCAGGCAUAUUUUUGCAGACAAUUCAGAGAAUACAGAGAAAAGCAGCCAAAAUACAGGCUGCAGAUGCUGAAAUACUUGAAAAAUCUAAUGUUUACUGUCUGGCCAUUUGGGGAGAGAUUAUAAUCAUACAUUCUUACUUAAAAUUGUCGCCAAAAAUAGAAGGUAUUUACUAGCAGGACACACAGAAUUUAGUAAAAAAUAGAAACAUGUUUCUAAGGAGAUAAAUACUUAGGACACAUGCAGAAAGUGUUCUCAUGGUAAAGUCUGAUUUUAACCUCUCGCUGAGGUUCAUUUCUAGCUCAUUCUCAGCAGGACCCCAUUGCAGGAUUAGAUGACAUAAUAGACCUCACAAAAUCAGGAGGCACAACUCCACCAAAUUUAGAAGCAUCAAUUAAAUACCAUUGUUUCUCAAGAGCUCCCUUUUUUUUCUUACUAUGCUAGAAAAGUUUGUACCUGUAUAUAAUCAGAACAUUUGGGGGUGGUUUAUUUUAGUAUAAACAUGAUUGCCUGACUGAAAUACAUGUGCACUACCAUAAAGUGGAGCAGGUGGAGAAUGUCACAAG